ACAGGCCCUGCACCGGCGCCUCUGGUCUCUGGGGCCUUUCCUGCAUUUCAGACUCCAGGAGCUACAGAGGACAGCACUGGCUAGUGGGCGGAAGAAUUGUAGCCAACAGGGGUUGCCUUGGUUCUCCAUCAUCGUUUGCCUGCUUCUGAGCUCACAUUUGGGAUUUCUACUUGGAGAGAAUUCUGCUUAUCUCCCACCAUGAUCCUGGAGGGCUGGGGAGGGCCUGGUGCUCCCCCAGCCAUAACUGGCUAAACUUUGAGAUCACAGCUGCCAUCUGCUGCUCCAGGGUACCCAGCAUGGGGGGAGUAGCUCCGAAGAGGCCCAAGGGCACUCCAUAAGAACCCCCACAUCCAAGAAGUGGGAUAGAGCUGUAUCAUGCCUCCUCUGCCACUGGAACACAGGCCCAGGCAGCAGCCUGGUGCCUCCUUGCUGGUUCGGUACUUCAUGAUCCCCUGCAACAUCUGCUUGAUCCUGUUGGCUACUUCCACGCUGGGCUUUGCGGUGCUGCUUUUCCUCAGCAACUACAAACCUGGAACCCACUUCACAGCAGCGCCUCCUAUGCCUCCUGAUGUAUGCAGGGGAAUGUUAUGUGGCUUUGGUGCUGUAUGUGAACCCAGUGUUGAGGAUCCAAGCCAGGCCUCCUGUGUGUGCAAGAAGAAUGUCUGCCCUGCUACUGUGGCUCCUGUGUGUGGUUCGGAUGCCUCUACCUAUAGCAACGAGUGUGAGCUACAGCGUGCACAGUGCAACCAGCAACGGCGCAUCCGCCUACUUCGCCAAGGACCAUGUGGGUCCCGGGACCCCUGUGCCAAUGUGACCUGCAGUUUUGGCAGCACCUGUGUACCCUCAGCCGAUGGACAGACUGCCUCAUGCCUGUGCCCUACUACCUGCUUUGGGGCCCCUGAUGGCACUGUGUGUGGCAGUGAUGGUAUUGACUAUCCUAGUGAGUGCCAGCUGCUGCGUCAUGCCUGUGCCCGCCAGGAGCACAUCUUCAAGAAGUUUGAUGGCCCUUGUGACCCCUGCCAGGGCAGCAUGUCAGACCUGAACCACAUCUGCCGUGUGAACCCACGUACACGGCACCCAGAGAUGCUUCUGCGACCAGAGAACUGCCCUGCCAAGCACACACCUGUCUGUGGAGAUGAUGGGGUCACCUAUGAAAAUGACUGUGUCAUGGGCCGUACUGGUGCAACCCAUGGCCUGCUUCUCCAGAAAGUACGCUCUGGCCAGUGCCAGCCUCGAGACCAGUGCCAGGAGACUUGCCAGUUCAACUCUGUGUGCCUGUCACGCCGUGGCCGUCCCCACUGCUCCUGCGAUCGUGUCAUCUGUGAUGGGGCUUACAGGCCUGUGUGUGCCCAGGAUGGGCACACAUAUGACAAUGACUGCUGGCGCCAACAGGCUGAGUGUCGGCAACAGCUUACCAUUCCCCCCAAGCACCAGGGCCCGUGUGACCAGACCCCAUCCCCAUGCCAUGGAGUGCAGUGUGCAUUUGGGGCAAUAUGCACAGUGAAGAAUGGGGAAGCUGUGUGUGAGUGCCAGCAGGUGUGCUCGGGUAUCUACGAUCCUGUGUGCGGCAACGAUGGUGUCACUUAUGGCAGUGUAUGCGAGCUGGAAUCCAUGGCCUGUGCCCUCAAGAGGGAAAUCCGGGUGGCCCGCAGAGGACCCUGUGACCGAUGUGGCCAGUGCCGUUUUGGAUCCCUGUGCGAGAUGGAGACUGGACGCUGUGUGUGCCCCUCUGAAUGUGUGGCCUCAGCCCAGCCUGUAUGUGGCUCUGAUGGGCGCACAUAUGCUAGUGAAUGCGAGCUGCAUGUCCAUGCCUGUACACACCAGAUCAGCCUACAUGUGGCCUCAGCUGGACACUGCCAGACCUGUGGAGACACAGUUUGUGCCUUUGGGGCUGUGUGCUCAGCUGGACAGUGUGUGUGUCCCCGUUGUGAGCACCCCCCACCUGGCCCUGUGUGUGGCAGUGAUGGUGUCACCUACCUCAGUGCCUGUGAGCUACGAGAAGCUGCGUGUCAGCAGCAGGUACAAAUUGAGGAGACCCGUGCAGGGCCAUGUGAGCAGGCUGAGUGUGGCUCUGGGGGCUCUGGUUCUGGGGAAGACAAUGAGUGUGAGCAGGAGCUAUGCCGGCAGCAUGGUGGUGUCUGGGAUGAGGACUCAGAGGAUGGGCCAUGUGUCUGUGACUUCAGCUGCCAGAGUGUCCUUAGAAGCCCAGUGUGUGGCUCAGAUGGGAUCACCUAUAACACUGAGUGUGACCUGAAGAAGGCCAGGUGUGAAUCACAGCAAGAACUAUAUGUUGCUGCUCAGGGAGUCUGCCGUGGCCCUACCUUGGCUCCAUUGCUACCUAUGGCCCUCCCCCACUGUGCCCAAACCCCCUAUGGCUGCUGCCAAGACAAUGUCACUGCUGCCCAGGGUGUAGGCUUUGCUGGCUGUCCGAGCACCUGCCAUUGUAACCCACAUGGUUCCUAUAGUGGCACCUGUGACCCAGCUACAGGCCAGUGCUCCUGCCGACCAGGUGUGGGAGGCCUCAGGUGUGAUCGCUGUGAGCCUGGCUUCUGGAACUUCCGUGGCAUUGUCACUGAUGGUCAUAGUGGUUGCACUCCCUGUAGCUGUGACCCUCGGGGUGCUGUGAGAGAUGACUGUGAGCAGAUGACUGGCCUGUGUUCCUGUAGACCUGGUGUGGCUGGUCCCAAGUGUGGGCAGUGUCCAGAUGGUCAAGCCCUGGGCCAAAUGGGCUGUGAAGCAGAUUCCAUGACACCUGUGACUUGUGUGGAGAUACACUGUGAGUUUGGUGCCUCCUGCGUAGAGGACGCUGGUUUUGCCCACUGUGUCUGCCCAGCUCUCACAUGUCCAGAGGCUAACUCUACCAAGGUCUGUGGAUCAGAUGGUGUCACAUAUGGCAAUGAAUGCCAGCUGAAGACUAUUGCCUGUCGCCAAGGCCUAGACAUCUCCACUCAGAGUCUUGGCCCAUGCCAGGAGAUUGUUGUUCCUGGAGCUUCCCCAGCAUCUGCAUCUAUGACCACCCCAAGGCAUGUUCUGAGCAAGGCACUGCCAUCCCCCAACAGUGGCCUUCCUCUGGCUCCCAGUAGUACCAUCCAUGAUUGGCCCACCCCGUUACCCACAUCACGACCUCAGACUACAGUCAGCAUCCCCAGGAGCACUGCAUGGCCUGUGCUGACUGUGCCUCCAACAGCACCCACUGAUGUAACCAGUCUUGCCACAUCAAUCUUCAGCGAAUCUGGCAGCACCAAUGGGAGUGGCGAUGAGGAGCUGAGCGGAGAUGAGGAGGCCAGUGGGGGCGGGUCUGGGGGACUGGAUCCCCCUGUGGGCAGCAUUGUGGUGACCCAUGGGCCACCCAUUGAGAGGGCUUCCUGCUACAACUCACCUUUGGGCUGCUGUUCAGAUGGCAAGACACCCUCACUGGACUCAGAAGGCUCCAACUGUCCUGCUACCAAGGCAUUCCAGGGAGUGCUGGAGCUUGAGGGGGUCGAGGGACAGGAGCUGUUCUACACACCUGAGAUGGCUGACCCCAAGUCAGAGUUGUUUGGGGAGACUGCAAGGAGCAUUGAAAGCACGCUGGACGACCUAUUCCGGAAUUCAGAUGUCAAGAAGGACUUCUGGAGUGUCCACCUACGGGACCUGGGGCCUGGCAAAUUAGUUCGUGCCAUUGUGGAUGUUCACUUUGACCCUACCACAGCCUUCCAGGCACCAGAUGUAGGCCGGGCCCUGCUCCGACAGAUUCAGGUAUCCAGACCAUGGGCCCUGGUGGUGAGAAGGCCUCUGCAGGAGCAUGUGCGAUUCUUGGACUUUGACUGGUUCCCUACUUUCCUUACGGGAGCUGCCACAGCCAGAGCCACCACUGUGAGCCGACUGCUAGCCUCUGCUGUCACCCCACGAGUCUACCCCAGUCACACCAGCUGGCCUAUUGGCAGAACCACAGCACCACUAACCACACGCCGGCCACCUACAACUGCCCCUAGCACUGACCAGCCUCAGACCCCAGGCCCUCAACAGCCCCCAAAGUCCUGUGAUUCCCAACCUUGCCUCCAUGGAGGCACCUGCCAGGACCAGGAUUCUGGCAAGGGCUUCACCUGCAGCUGCACUGUAGGCAGGGGUGGCACUGUCUGUGAGGAGGUACAAUUCCCCUCUGUGCCAGCUUUUGAGGGCCACUCCUUCUUGGCAUUCCCCACCCUCCGGGCCUACCACACACUACGUCUGGCAUUGGAAUUCCGGGCACUGGAGACUGAGGGACUGCUACUCUACAAUGGAAAUGUACAUGGCAAGGACUUCCUAGCUCUGGCUCUGCUGGAUGGACAUGUACAGUUCAGGUUUGACACAGGCUCAGGGCCAGCAGUACUAACGAGCUCAGUGCCAGUGGAACCAGGACGAUGGCACCGCCUAGAAUUGUCACGGCAUUGGCGGCAGGGCACACUUUCUGUGGAUGGCGAGACUCCUGUUGUGGGUGAAAGUCCCAGUGGCACUGAUGGCCUCAACUUGGACACAAACCUCUUUGUGGGUGGUGUCCCAGAAGAACAGGCUGCCAUGGUGCGUGAUCGGACCUCUGUGGGCAUUGGCCUGAAAGGAUGCAUUCGUAUGCUGGACAUCAACAACCAGCAGCUGGAGCUUAGCAACUGGAAGGGGGCUGUGGUCCUAAGCUCUGGUGUGGGAGAAUGUGGAAACCACCCCUGCUUGCCUAGCCCCUGCCAUGGUGGGGCCCUGUGCCAGGCACUGGAGGCUGGCAUGUUCCUCUGUCAGUGCCCACCUGGCCGAUUUGGCCCGACUUGUGCAGAUGAAAAGAGUCCCUGCCAGCCAAACCCCUGCCAUGGGGCAGCCCCCUGCCGUGUGCUUUCCAGGGGUGGAGCCAAGUGUGAGUGCCCCCUGGGACGAAGAGGUGCCUUCUGCCAGACAGUACUAGAGACUGGUACUGGCUCCCGGCCCUUCCUGGCUGACUUUAGUGGCUUCUCCUACCUGGAACUAAAAGGCCUGCACACCUUCGAGAGAGACCUGGGGGAGAAGAUGGCACUGGAGAUGGUGUUCUUGGCUCGUGGGGCCAGUGGCUUACUCCUCUACAAUGGGCAAAAGACAGAUGGCAAGGGGGACUUUGUGUCCCUGGCCCUGCAUAACCGGCACCUGGAGUUCCGCUAUGACCUUGGCAAGGGGGCUGCAGUCAUCAGGAGCAAGGAACCCAUAGCCCUGGGCACCUGGAUCAAGGUAUCCCUGGAACGAAAUGGCCGCAAAGGUGCCCUUCAAGUAGGCGAUGGGCCCCGAGUGCUAGGGGAGUCUCCGGUGCCUCACACAAUGCUCAACCUCAAGGAACCCCUCUAUGUUGGAGGAGCUCCUGACUUCAGCAAGCUGGCCCGGGGAGCGGCAGUGUCUUCUGGCUUCGAUGGUGCCAUCCAGCUGGUGUCUCUAAGCGGUCACCAGCUGCUGACUCAGGAGCAUGUAUUGCGGGCAGUGGACAUCUCACCUUUUGCAGACCACCCUUGUAGCCAGGCCUCAGGCAACCCCUGCCUUAAUGGGGGUUCAUGUAUCCCAAGGGAAGCCACUUAUGAAUGCCUGUGUCCUGGGGGCUUCUCUGGGCUGCACUGCGAGAAGGGGCUAGUUGAGAAGUCAGUGGGGGACCUAGAAACACUGGCCUUUGAUGGGCGGACCUACAUCGAAUACCUCAAUGCUGUGAUUGAGAGUGAGAAGGCACUACAGAGCAACCACUUUGAACUGAGCUUGCGCACUGAGGCCACUCAGGGGUUAGUACUGUGGAGUGGCAAAGCCACAGAACGUGCAGACUAUGUGGCUCUGGCCAUUGUGGAUGGACACCUGCAGCUGAGCUAUGACUUAGGUUCCCAGCCAGUUGUGCUGCGCUCCACUGUGAAGGUCAAUACCAACCGCUGGCUUCGAGUCAGGGCUCACAGGGAACAGAGGGAAGGUUCUCUUCAGGUGGGCAAUGAAGCCCCUGUGACUGGCUCUUCCCCGUUGGGCGCCACACAACUGGACACAGAUGGAGCCCUGUGGCUUGGAGGCCUGCAGAAGCUCCCAGUGGGGCAGGCUCUACCCAAGGCCUAUGGCACAGGUUUUGUGGGCUGUCUGCGGGAUGUGGUAGUGGGCCAUCGCCGGCUGCACCUGCUGGAGGACGCUGUCACCAAACCAGAGCUAAGGCCCUGCCCCACUCCCUGAGCUACUACCACCAGAGCUCCACCCUCCCUACUGUAAUUAUUUUUUAUUUUUGUAAACUCAUUGCUUUUUUUAUAUGAUUUUCUUGCCUGCACAUUGGCCAGAAGGACUGUUGGCCUGGCCUCCUUUCCGUCCAGGCAGCUGUGCUGCAGAAACAAAGUGGUGCUGAGGGACUCAUAAGUAGAUUGUGGCAACCCAGAACCCUUGACUUUGAAGGCAGCCUUAGGACACACUCCUCUGCCUAAGGUACCAUGCCUCAGCCCCUUGCACUGUACGUCCCUACCUGUCCAUUUGUAUUGGUCUUUUGGGUCUCCUGGCCCAUUGGCAAGCCCUAUUCCCAUGUUAUUAAUGCUUUAUUGGAUGAGAACAGUGUCCCUGAGCAGGAGGGGGCUGUUGGAGCUGAAGAGGCUCUUCAUUAGAGCAAGUACCAUUGGGUCCUUUGUAGGUUCCCACGUAAGCUGCUCUCCUGCAUGUGCCGAGGACCAGCCUCAUCCCAGGCUAGCCUGGACCCCUAGUGCUCCCUGUACCAAUACUGUGCUUUAGAAAAGUUAUUGAUAUCAGGGCAUCAUUUUACUUCCCCAAAUGUGUCUGCCUAUCCCAGGGUGCUGGAAACAAGCCAGGCUUCAUCUAAGUUGUCUUGACUGGCCCUCAGCUGGCCCUGCCCACCUACCCAGCCACUCUGGACAUAGCCAUCCUUUCUCUAAACACCAGGCCACUUAGGAGUCCCUAAGAGGAGUGGGUCACUAUGGGAUGUGGUUGACCUCCAUUGCCUACCUGCCUGAGCAGCCAGCUGCGUCUGUCUCUCAAAGGCUAUCUAAGCCAGACUUCUAACCAUAUUCUUUAAGCAUUGAUUUUACUUGAUUUCUGAUCUGGAAGUGUUGUCAUUCCUGUUUUAACUCACAGCAACCAUUAAUUGGUCUGAU